CUAGAGAGUGACCGAGAUCGUCCAAUGCACAAAAUUAAAAUAAAAUAAUAAAUAAAAUAAAAACAAAUCCCUCCAAAAAAAAAAGUUCGUCUCUUAUAUAUAUUUUUUCCAAUUUCACCGGUGCUCCGAGAUUCGUCUUACCUUUGAUUUUUGCUCCAAGAAAUAAGCUUGCAAUAGGGAAUUUUGAUUUUUGGUAUUGUAAAAUUUCGAUACUUGAGAUAUAAAGAUUGUUGUUGGUUUUGGUUGCAGCUUAAAAAUGGCAUCAUUGGAUAUUAAAGAUAGUAGUAGUGGUAGUCAAGUGUCUCCGUUGAUAUCAAUUCAAGAAAAAGGUAGCAGGAAUAAGAGAAAGUUCCGGGCUGAUCCGCCUUUAGGUGACCAAAAUAUGAUCAUAACUUCACUUCAAAACGGGUGUCCAAGUUAUGAAUUUUGUGCUGAGAGGUUUGAAAUCACCCCAGUCCAUGGUCAAGCUAGUGCAUGCGACUUUUGUGGUGUUAACCAAGAUCAUUCAGAUGGAUUAAAACUUGAUCUUGGCUUGUCUAGCGCGUUAGGUUCUUCUGAGGUUGGGCCAAGCCGGUCUAGAGAGGAACUAGAAGCGGAUGAAUUCCAAGAUGCUGAUUGGAGUGAUCUCACGGAAGCUCAGCUAGAAGAACUUGUAUUAAGCAAUUUGGAUGCAAUAUUCAAAAGUGCAAUAAAGAAAAUUGUUGCUUAUGGCUACACGGAAGAAGUUGCUACUAAGGCAGUCUUGAGGUCGGGCCUUUGUUAUGGUUGUAAAGACACUGUCUCAAAUAUAGUGGAUAAUACCUUAGCAUUUCUUAGUAGCGGCCAAGAUGGUAAUCCUUCAAGGGACCACUGUUUUGAGGAUCUACAGCAGCUGGAGAAGUAUAUAUUAGCUGAACUGGUUUGUAUUCUUCGAGAAGUUCCACCUUUCUUGAGCACUGGGGAUGCAAUGUGGUGCUUGUUGAUUUGUGACAUGAAUGUGUCACAUGCUUGUGCUAUGGAUGGUGACCCAUUGAGUGGUUUUAUUGGUGAUGAAUCUUCCAGUGGGAGUUCUUUUACUUCUAAACAACCCCAGUUGAAGACAGAAGCCAAAACUUCUGAACUGAAUCUUCCAAAUCCUUGUAAACCUGUUCCACCUGUUCCUUCUUGUUAUAGUUCUUUGCCCGAGGUACCAUUUAUGGGAAUUGAUAACUCAACAAAAUCUAAAAAUUCCUUAGUUCUAAGUGGUAUAGUUUCAGAGAAAGAGGGAACAAACUCCAUUUCUGAUAGUGCAGAUAAAACUUUCAGUGCGGCUGGAACAUCUCAGUCUUCAACAGUGGAAGAAAAGUUUGUGGCUAGUAGAAAGAUUCACUCUACCAAGAGAGAAUAUAUUCUUCGGCAGAAGUCGCUUCAUCUGGAGAAAAACUACAGGACAUAUGGAUCUAAAGCGUCAUCAAGAACUAAACUGAGCAGUUUGGGAGGUUUAAUCUUGGACAAGAAACUAAAAUCUAUCUCUGACUCUGCUGCUGUUAAUAUAAAAAGUGCAUCCUUGAAAAUUAAGGCAAUGGGAGCUGAUGUGCCUCAAGAUAAUGGGAGUCAUCUUUCAGUUAAUUUGGAAUCCUCUCCUUCUGCAACAUUUUGCGUAGAUAAUGGUAAUAUUUCUGCAGUGCCUAAGACCAAUAUAGCAGCCACUUCUCCCCCUGCAAACAUGCUACCUGAAUUACCACCUAUUAAUAACCCACCUGCAUUAUCAACUGCUGAUACCGAGCUUUCCCUCUCAUUGCCCACCAAAAACAAUUCGAUUGUAGUGCCUCCUGUUUCUCAUUCUGAAGAUGCUAAUUUGAGCUAUGCUUGGAUGCCAUUUGAUAAAUCGCUGGGGCAGUGGGUCCCUCAGGAUAAUAAGGAUGAGACGAUUCUGAAGCUGGUACCUAGGGUGCAGGAGCUGAAAAAUCAGCUCCAGGAAUGGACAGAGUGGGCCAAUCAAAAGGUUAUGCAGGCUGCUCGCCGAUUAAGUAGAGACAAAGCUGAACUUAAGACUUUGAGGCAAGAGAAAGAAGAAUUUGAAAGGCUUAAGAAAGAGAAGUUGAGUUUGGAAGAAAACACUAAGAAGAAGUUUGUUGAGAUGGAUGUUGCUUUGUCUAAGGCUAGUGGGCAGGUGGAACGUGCUAAUGCUACUGUCUGCAGGCUUGAGGUGGAAAAUGCGGCACUACAGCAGGAGAUGGAGGCUGCAAAAUUGCAUGCAGCGGAGUCGGCAGCUAGCUGUCAGGAGGUAUCAAAGAGGGAGAAGAAAACACUGAUGAAAGUUCAGUCUUGGGAAAAGCAGAAAACUUUGUUCCAGGAAGAGCUAAUGACUGAAAAGCGCAAGGUUGCCCAACUGCUACAGGAAUUAGAGCAGGCUAAAGUUCUCCAAGAACAGCUUGAGACUAGAUGGCAACAGGAAGAGAAGGCAAAGGAAGAAGUACUUACUCAGGGUAGUUCAAUAAGAAAGGCAAGAGAAAAAAUUGAGGCUUCAGCAAAACUGAAGGAGGACAUGAUUAAGUCAAAAGCAGAAACCGGUUUGCAGAAGUACAAAGAGGAUAUUCAGAAACUUGAAAAAGAAAUCUCUCAAUUGAGGCUGAAGACAGACUCUUCAAAAAUUGCUGCACUUCGAAGGGGCAUUGAUGGAAGCUAUGUGGGAAGAUUUACUGAUAGCAGACAUGAAACGGUUCAAAAGGAGUCUCAAGCCCCUUUUAUCUCAGAAUUUGUGGCAGAUUUCCGGGACUUGUCAGGAAAAGGUGUGAAACGCGAACGUGAAUGUGUGAUGUGCUUGUCAGAGGAGAUGUCUGUGGUUUUUAUCCCAUGUGCUCAUCAGGUUGUUUGCACUACAUGCAAUGAGCUCCAUGAGAAACAAGGAAUGAAGGAUUGUCCUUCUUGUAGGAGUCCCAUCCAGCGGCGUAUUCCUGUACGUUAUGCUCGCCCUUAAUUUUAAUAUUGCAGUGAGUUGAGUGUUUUGAAUAAUGUUUUUGGGACCCCUUUGAAUUGAAUAUUAAUGCCUUUCGAGUUUUUGAGAAACAAUUAUGUUGCAUUAAAGUGCAAGAUGAUGCUUCAUUUCAUUUUCCCCUAAGUGGUCAUAUUAUGUUGAUCGGGUCAAUAUACGAAGCAAGAUGCAAGGCAGGUUCAAAAUAUAUCACCGUCUGUUAGUUUCUAUAUUAUUUACUGGAAAUCAACCGAGGGUAGUUCUAUUUGACCCAUUCUUUGCGCACUAGGAAAUUGGCUUUUCAACUAGAGGCAUUCACAUUAGUUAGUAUAUAUAUAUAGAGUCGAGCUUUUAUUUUGUACUAGUUAUCAAUGAAUUAAUUAUAGGAUUUAUAUUUGAUACAUAAUUGUAUAGAGUUUAUAUAUGAUCAUCAGAUGAUGUUAUCUCAUUAAUGAAAUGAAUCAAAUGAUAUU